AGAAGACUCACAAAGAGCUCUCUACAGUGCGGUCAGAUCCAUACUGACGAUUCCAUCUGUUCCUGGAAAGGGAAGAAAGACCAGAGCGGAGCCACCAGGACAGGUUAUUAAUCAUGGCGACUACACUGUACUUAAUCGGUGGACAGGGAGGCAGGUCAUUUAGUUUCACUGGCCGUGACAAUGGUGCCACCCUCAGGAAGAUUGGAGUGGAGGUGGGCGGCUCGGAGAUCAGAGCUGUGCGGGCAGAACUGACCGACGGGCGUACGAAGACCUUUGGAGCGGGUCACACUUUCCGUGAGUUUACGUUUGAACUUGGCGAACGCAUCACCAUGCUGUCCCUGUGGGGGAACGAUGCCGGAACACGUCUGGGUGGCAUCAAGUUCAGGACGAGUUCUGGAAACAAGUUCGAGGCCCACAUGAGUGACUGGGAACCGAAGACCGGCGAGUACUCCGUCGAUGUGGGGUCUGGAGUCUGCCUGGGGUUGGAGGGGAGAUCUGGUGGUGCCAUCGACAAUAUGGGAUUCGUCUUCAUCAAUGCCAUCAAGUCGUCUGAGCUAACCGACAUGACCUAUCCCAGCCUGGCCAUGGAUACACCCCAGGUAAACAAAGAAUACGUAAAAUCUAUCUCUUAUCACAAUGGCAGUACUGCGGAUCAAGGGCAUACAUGUGCGUACAGCAGACCUGUGACCAAGUCUAACAGCUGGAGCACCACCACUAAGAUUGAGUCCACCGUCAGCCUGACUGUUACAGCAGGGAUCCCGGACCUGGUGGAGGUGUCUGGUGGGUUUAGCUUGACCGUGGGAGCGGAGCAGACCUCCUCAGUGUCCAAAGAAGAGACCAUAAACGAAUCAGGUGGGGUCACUGUGACGGUCCCGGCAGGAAAGACCUUGAAAGUUGAGGUGUCAGUGGAACGAGUCGACAUCGACCUCCCCUUCUCGGCCACAGUGAAGAUCAGAUGCCUGAAUGGCAGCGAGCUGCAGUUCCAAACCACCGGCCGCUACAAUGGUGUGGCUUACACUGCAGUGGAUGUAAAAACUAGAGAUGUUCCGAUACCAUUUUUUCCCUCCCGAUACCGAUUCCGAUACUUAUGCUGUGGGUAUCGGCCGAUACCGAGUACCGAUACCAGUAUGUUACAAAAAUGACUGUGAUAUGAUUAUCAUUGUGGUAAGGCCUGGGUCAGGUUAAACCCUUUGUAAAUGAAUGAAUGAAUAAGGCAAAUUAAAGCCAUUUAUUUUUAAAU